CGUGCACGAACUAAACGUGGCAUCAGAGGCCACUAAAUUUGCGGCGUGAAACCACGACUCUGAGGUGCCUAUAUAAGAGCUAUUGAUUACUCAUAUGCGCUCAGCAGUAGUCAAGUAAGCGUUUCCGAUAGUACCGACGUGGAAGGGAUUGUUUGGAAAAAAAUAUACACAACGACUUAAAUUUUCCGCGACACACCGCGCGCUGCGAGAGAGAGUCGUAUGAACACUGUUCCUAAACAGUAGUGCUAAAAGUCUCAUACUAAAAGUGAUUAGUGGGUGUUGCGUGGGAAAAAUAUUCACGUGCUGAAGUUAAUAUACAAUCUGUACGUUACAACAGUGAAAAUUGUCACAGUUAUUUAGCAGAACUGUUUAUAGAACAUAUUGAUUGUUUUUGUUAUCACGCUGAGUACAAGCCAUGAAGUCAAACAUCAUACUCGUGUUUCUAUUCGUGGCGUUUGUGUGCGCUGCCAAUGGAUCCAAAAUUCGCAGGUCAUUGGAUCCAGAGAACGGAGAUAUUGUGGGCUCGUACCUUGGUAAGAAGAUGUACACAAUGGAAGCGCCCUGUGCCAGACAGGGUGGGGCUUGCGUGCAUAAAGCCGAUUGUCAGGAGCUCACCGCACAGAGUGGUCUCUGUCCGAAGAACGCGCAUCGGGGCGUCGAGUGCUGCCAUCGAGUUAUACCACAGCGAGGCGGGCUGACGUGUUCCGAACAUCUGGGCGAGUGCAUGAAGGAUUGCAAAGCUGUGGUACUGAUGCGGCCUGCGAAGGACUGCGAGGCGGACGAAACAUGUUGCGUGUUGGUUUAACCCUACAAUAAGCAAUGUCUUCAUAGUACGAAACGGGUUCCCACACCAUAUCUCCCAAAGCCAGAAGAAGCCCCUUGCGAUUGGCGUUGUCUGUUUUAAUUUACCUGUUAAACACCGUUGCACUUCCCCCGAUGGCGUCUUUAAUAAAAUACAAUAAAAUAACAUGCAAAAACA